AUGCCUUGGCCAGGUCUCUCGAACUUCCUUACGAGUCGUCCACGCCCCCAACUCGAAGAUCCAUACGUGACGUAUGUACGAAAGCGGUGCCUGGAAAACAAUGAACGCUAUCGUUGUGGCAUUCCAAACCUACCUCUCCUGGAACGUGAAGAAUGGGCUCAAGAUAGUAAACAAGCAAUACUAGAUUGGCAAGAGAAAACUGUGCAAAGGCAUAACCAAGAUGACGAAACCGACUAUCGCAAUUGGAAUGACUUAUCGCGCGCGAGGAGGGACAGUGCGAUGAGAGAUCGAUCUGGCAGAAGGACCACCUGGGGGCGAAGUCGAAACGGAGGUGAUGAAUUUCUUUCAUCCUUUUCUGGAUCUCAAGAGCCAACAAAUCUGGUUGGGGAAACAGAUGAAGCAUACUUGGCAAGGACCAUGCGUUCCCAUGGAAGAAGUGGAAUGAAUCAUGCAUCAGGCAGAAGCUUUCCCGAUCGUGAUUUCGAGGAUGGAGGAAGAGCAACAGGCGAGGGCGACGAUACGAGAGACUCAUUCCCACAGGAGAGCAGCACUGGUGCAGCCGGACAGAGGGGUCGGAAUGAGCAUCUGGAUGGAGAAAUCCAUAGUUCUGCCGCAACGGGUAAUACGAGCUGUAAGGAAAGUUGCCGCGAUGAUGAAGCUGAGGCUUUUCUGAAUUCCUCUGGAGAUGCUGGAGCUACUGGUAGAGGAAGCAGCAAUGAGUGGUCGGAUGAAGCGGAAGCAUUUCUCAAUGCACAUUCCUGA